AUGGCAGAACAGCCUUCAGUUUACCAGGGGCUGUGGCCGCUGGGCAUUUCCAUCAUCUUCUGCGGCUCCCUGGCGGGCGCUGCUGGAGACACAAUGGUGCGCAUGGCCUACAGCGCCGCAGGCCCCGAACCCUCCACCAAAGAAAUGCUGAAGAAACCCAUCUUCGUUUUGGGAAUGGUUUUGACCACAGCAGUGGACGCUGCAUGCACUCUGGGGGCCCUCACCUUCGCUCCCUCCUCGAUGGUGACCCCCUUCGCCGGAGUGCACAUCUUCUGGGCCGUGCUGCUGGCCCACUUCUGGCUGCGGGAAAGUGUGGGGCGGUGGGAAACCCUCGGCUCGAGUUGUGUAAUAAUUGGGGUUUUGCUGCUGGUGGUUUAUUCGGGAAAAGAAACUGAGAUUGUUGCUGCAGCACAGUUUGCUGCUGCUGCUGCUGCUCCCCUGGCCCUGGCCUACAUCGCAGCAUCUGCUGCAGCAACCCUCGCGCUGCUGCUGCUAAGUCUCAGGCUUUGUCCCCUUGCUCUCGGCUCCUGGGACCUCCCCGUUCAGGUGGGAGUUAGGGUUUAG